AUGCAAAAACUGCAGCUUCUAUCGACACAACUUGAACCUCUCACCGAACAGCAGCUGUCAGGGAUAGGCAACCUUCAACAAUCUUCACAGCAGGCUGAGGAUGCUCUUUCACAAGGAAUGGAGGCCCUUCAGGAAUCCUUGGCUGAAACCUUGGCUGGGUCUCUUUCGUCUUCUGGAUCAACAGAAAAUGUGGCAAACUACAUGGGUCAAAUGGCCAUGGCCAUGGGAAAGCAUGGAACACUUGAGAAUUUCCUUCGUCAGCGAAACAUUAGAGUGCACAUUGAUGUUGAAUUGAUCGGUGGAUUUUUGUUCACUCGGUAG